AUGCUUGGAGGUUAUGAUCCUUACUUUGCAGGUUCUGGUGAGUAUAGUCUUGAAUUAGAUGAAGAUGAUUGUUGUGGUAAUGAUGAACAUGAUGUGGUUGAAUUUGGUAGAGCAAGAAUUCUAAAGUUUUCAAGAAAAAAAAGAACAACAACUCAGAAAAUCAUUCAUGACCCAACUGCAAAGAAAGUUGUUUGGCAGUUGGGUAUGGUGUUUAAAGAUGUGAAUGAAUUUAGAAGAGCAGUGACUAAAUAUGCAAUAAGAAAAAGGGUUCCCAUGGAGAAGUGGGUAAAUGAGUUAAAAAGGGUUAGAGUUAGGUGCAAGGAUAAUUGCCUAUGGCUUUUAUAUGUAGGUUUUGACAAGACAACAAAUGAUUUCAUGAUAAAAACUUAUAUUCCAAAGCAUGCUUGCAAUAAAACAACCAAAAAUUACUUGUACAAUGCAAAGUUUUUAGUUGAAACCUUCAGAGAAAGAAUAAUUGAGCAACCGAACAUAAGGGUAUUCAAAUUUCAAGAGUUGAUUAUAAAAAAGUUCAAACUGUAUGUUGGUACUACUACUGCGAGAAGAACAAGAGCUAAAGUGUUGAAAGAUAUAAUGGGUGAUCAUGUUGUAGAAUUUGGAGGAAUCAUUGACUAUAAUGAUGAACUGUUGAGGACAAACCCAGGGAUCAGUUGUGUUGUUAAACUUGGUGAGGCUGAUGCGGCAGGCCAAUUGUUAGUUGUUGUGGCCAAGAAUGAAAAUAAUCAGAUGCCGUCACUUGCUUGGGAAUUAGUUGAAAAGGAGAACACAAACACAUGGAUUUGGUUUGUUAGGUGCAUAAGGGAUGACCUAGGACUUGGAGAAGGUGAAGGUCUCACCUUGAUUACAGAUAUGCAGAAGGGACUGUUUGCAACACUUGAUGAGGUGUUACCUCAAUUUGAACAUCGAAGAUGUUUAAAGGGCAUACCAUGUGCAUAUGUUGUGGCUGCGGUAUUGUUCAAGAAGUACCUUUUGUAUAACUACAUUGACAGCUGCUACAGCAAGGAAACAUACUUGAGGACUUAUGUCAAUGUUCUUGAACCAGUAACAAACAUGAAAAUAUGGCCUAUUUCUUUAAACAUUAUUGUUGCACCACCUGAAAUCACAAGUUUUCUUGGCAGACCAUCUAAGGCUAGGAGGAAGGAAGCUGGAGAAACAAUGAAAUUAGAAAAAUUGCCUAGAACUAGACUAGAAAUGACAUGUAAUUUGUUUCAUAUUAGAGGCCACAACAAAAGAGGGCGCCCUCAAAGUGCACCAUCAGCAGAACCAAAUGCACCACUAGUAACAACACCUACUGGUUCAGGCAGGGGAAGAGGCAACCAAAGGUAA